AGCGCCGACGGGCCCAGCAACAUGUCCUACGUGAAGGAGACUGUGGACAGGCUGCUCCAAGGCUACGACAUCCGCCUCCGCCCGGACUUCGGAGGUCCGCCCGUGGAUGUGGGCAUGCGGAUAGAGAUCGCCAGCAUCGACGUGGUCUCGGAAGUCAACAUGGACUACACCUUGACCAUGUACUUUCAGCAGUCCUGGAGGGACAAAAGGCUCUCUUAUUCUGGAAUACCUUUGAACUUAACUCUGGACAACAGAGUGACCGACCAGCUCUGGGUGCCGGACACAUAUUUCCAAAAUGACAAGAAAUCAUUUGUCCAUGGGGUGACAGUGAAAAACCGAAUGAUCCGACUCCAUCCAGAUGGGACAGUCCUUUAUGGCCUACGGAUCACAACAACAGCUGCUUGCAUGAUGGAUCUACGCAGAUAUCCUCUGGAUGAACAAAACUGCACACUAGAAAUUGAAAGUUAUGGAUACACUACUGAUGAUAUUGAAUUUUACUGGAAUGGAGGAGAGUCAGCAGUGACAGGAGUUAAUAACAUCGAGCUCCCACAAUUUUCUAUUGUGGAUUACAAGAUGGUAUCAAAGAGAGUGGAAUUUACAACAGGAGCAUAUCCUCGACUCUCACUUAGCUUCCGGCUUAAAAGAAAUAUUGGAUACUUCAUUUUGCAAACCUACAUGCCUUCCACGCUGAUCACAAUUCUGUCAUGGGUGUCUUUUUGGAUCAAUUAUGAUGCCUCUGCAGCCAGAGUUGCUCUAGGAAUCACGACUGUGCUGACCAUGACCACCAUCAGCACCCACCUCAGGGAGACCUUGCCAAAGAUUCCCUAUGUCAAGGCAAUAGAUAUUUACCUGAUGGGAUGCUUUGUGUUUGUGUUCCUGGCCUUGCUGGAAUAUGCCUUUGUAAACUACAUAUUCUUUGGGAAAGGACCUCAACGUCAAAAAAAGACAGCAGGCAGAGCAGGACAUGCUACAGGAGAGAAGAGCAGACUGGAAACAAAUAGAGUCCAGGUUGAUGCCCAUGGAAACAUGCUUCUGGAGCCUCUUGAGCUACGAAAUAACAUUUGCACCAUCUUCCAUGAGCCCCGAGCCACCAGGCACACGAGCGACAGUGCCAACCUGCAGCACAGAAGAGCCACGUCCAGCAGAGACCUCUGCAGCAGGAGUGCUCUGGACAGGCACAGGCUCCAUAAAAAGGGACACUUACACAGGAGGGCAUCCCAGAUCAAAGUCAAAAUCCCUGAUCUGACUGAUGUUAACCUGAUAGACAAGUGGUCCAGAAUGGUCUUUCCCAUCAUGUUUAUUCUUUUUAAUGUUGUUUACUGGUUGUAUUAUGUCCACUAAUUUAUGCAAUAAUGUUACCACAGACUAACAUAAUUAGACUUGUUUCUUUUCCUUCUCAAUCUCAUUAAUUCUGAAGAACUGCAAGUAGCUAUAAUGUUCCAUGUUCAACGUAAGAUUCUCCAGCAUGGAACACUUCAAGAUUUAAGCUUUUAAAAAGAAAACAACAACCCAACACAAAUCCAGGGUUGCAACAUUUAGAUCAGAACAGUACAGAUCAGCUCUUAAGGAGCCUCUUGAGAAAGAUUGCUCUACCUUGAUUUUUACAAAGUUUGUGCAUCACCCAUGACCUUUCUGUGCCAAAUUUAAUUUUUUUAAGUGGAAAUUUGUCCCACUGUAUUUCUUAUCAUAUAUUGGCAGCUUACAGCAGCAUGCUUCCAAACAACACAGUCAAACUACUAGCAGUAGCUAUGUCACUGUCUUUCACCACUCAGAGCAUAGAGAAAUUUGAAGAAAUUACAGUUUAAAGAAUUGUAACUAUUGCACCAUGCUUCACUUCAAACUUAAUAGCUUUACUGGGAAGUAUUUCCAUAGUGUGUUUGAGAAGUAUCACUCAAGGAGAAGUCAAAUAACAUUUUCAUAGACAGAGAUCUUCAAAAGAAAAAAGGGUAGCAGAGAGAAAUCCCACGGAGUAUCCAAGCAAGUAAUCAGCUGAUUUGAUCUUAAUGGAAUUCUGUUAUUUCCACAAUAGCAGAAGUAAAGUCGAUAUUUAUCAGAACAGUUGUACCAUAUGUAAUUUUGUGUUAAAAAGUAGAAAAAAAACACAUGUUGAUUCCCUGAAUGAACUCUGUGGGACACCCCAGGCCAAGAUUUUUCUUAAGGCCCAGGUUUCCUGCGGCUGGAAAUUGCAACAUUCUCCCAAAAGUUGGUAGAUGUCUGGGAACAGAUCUGAGGAAAUUUCUGCACACAGAAUUCUGAAUUCCUUCAGAUUUCUUCAUUCCACUGAGAACCAGGAGAUGCAGCUGAGCCUUAGAGCACACUGGGAAUGCUGGUGCACUCCUCCUGAGGAGCUGCCUUUCUUACCUGGCAGCCUACUGCCUGACAGAGCUCCAGGCAAGGAGCCACAGGCAAAGGGCUAGCAAUGUCCAUGCAGCUGAGGAGCAACAGAUCAGUCAUCUUCUACCUAUGAUAAAUAGGUAUAAUAUAUAUUAAAUAAAUUAAAUUAAGGAAGUCUUGCAAACUGAACUUUCCAAAACUGCAAAAAAUAGCACCAGGAGGGAGACAGCAGUAGGACCAUAUGUGCUGUCCAUUGCAAAUACAUAUCCAUUAAAUAGUUUUGAAUUCUUUGAAUUCAAAUGAGACUUAACAGAGUAAGUCCAUGAGCCAUCGAAUUUGCCUGCUUUGUGCUUAUACACAAAAAUUAAUUCAAAGACAGUAAUUCAAAGAAAGUAAUGAAUUCUGCAGAUUUGUAGUGUAAAAUACAACCAUCAGUGAUUCAUGUUUUGCAUUACCAGAUUUCCAAAAGACAUUCACAGACAGACCUCAGGUAAGUAAUUAAGCCCAGCUGAUCCAGUGGUGAAGAGAUACUGCAACCUCUCCUUACAGCUGCAGUGAGCAUUUUAGAAGAGCCAACAUCAAACAUGACAUCUAAAAGUCUUUAGGUUAGAAAAAGAGGAUCCUUUGUUUUGGAUUACAAGAGCAAAGAUCAGCUUUACUAGUCUUCAGCAUUUCUUUUGCAGGCCCCUAACAUAUCCAUACACAUAUUUUUCUAGUUUAUGGUUCAGCCAGAUACUCCUGGCAAAGUUGAUAGGUACAUGGACUAAAAUCAGUUACAUGGUACAGUUCCAAGAAAAACAAAAAUUAAAAAAAAGGGAGCAGAGUAAAAGCCAUUAACAAAACAAGAGCAGAGCACAUGCAAAACUCCUUAAGAACAGCAUGUCCCAAAAUAGGAGGAUGUAGCCUUCUGCCCCAGGAGACACUGAACACACACCUAUCCAAACCCCAGCCCCACAGGAUAAUCUGGGCAACACACACCAAGGCCUGUCUGCACCAAGAGCUGGAAGCCACCAGCACCACCUGAGUCGGGAAACAGCUGCCAGCUCUUGGUGCAAAGUUUGGCAGCAGGGACUAAUGACCCAUCACAUACAGAGGCAAGAGCCACUAACUGUAGGUGCAGCUUCUAGAGAAAAAGGUAGAAGAAAUCAUUUCUCACCUGAGAGCAAUAGCUUGGCAGCAAGGAAAAGCCAGUGGUUAUUAGUGGCAUGGCAUGGCAUGGCAUGGCAUGGCAUGGCAUGGCAUGGCAUGGCAUGGCAUGGCAUGGCAUGGCAUGGCAUGGCAUGGCAUGGCACGGCAUGGCAAAAUGAGUCCAUUUAUAGGUUACCCAGGCACAAUGCCAUCUGGAGCUAGAAAUUAUGGAGCACAAAAGAAACACAAUCUCUUCCCAUCAAUAAAUUGGAGUAAUUUGGCUGACUUUAUGCAAUAAAGCUGAAUAAUGCUGUCAUGCCAAGUUCCCUUACAGUUGUACUUUAGUAGUUUCCCUACCCCGAAGAACCAGACUUCAAGACCAGCACAGGUAAGGACCUAUUGCUAAUUAGGUUUUAGCUAAACUCCUAUGCAGUUUGUGCAGCUCUCAUGCAAUUUCUACUGGAAGUCAUUUUUGGCUGGGUUUCCUGAGGCAUUGAGUUUCUACUGUCCCUGAGCAUGUACAUUUGUGUGCCUACCUGGAGUCUCCCAACAACAUUUGAAUCUAUUGAGAAUAUCAACUAAUAAUUUUCUUUUUGUUCAAAAGCUAAAAGAACAGUACGGAUCUGAGAUACUAGAUUCCUACAAGUUUCAACAAAGCAGCUAUGUUAGCAGAGGACAAAGCUCACAUUGUCAUCUGCCUCUUCUAUGGCAGAAAGAAACUUGAUGAACUCCAGCCUUAUUAGACACAAAACCCAGUCUUUUCAGUGAAACAGGAAUAUUUUUGACAUUACAUUGCUUUAUGCACUGAACAGCACAGAGGUUGCAAUUUUAGAAUCUCUGCUGGUUCACCUAGUUCACCCUUACAGGAAAUGUUCCUUCUCUUUGUACUGCAAGUGCAGGAUUUCUUGACAUAAAUCACAAGGAAAGUCACCCAGGGGCUGAGGGUCACAUUCCACCAGCUGUUUCCCAUCACCAAGGAGCCUGUUCCCAUGAAUUCUCACAUAUUGAGGAUGCAUUGCUAACACGUCCUUGGGAGUAUUAGUAAAAAAAGGCUGGAUUAUAUCUGUUAUGUAAAAAAAUACUUUAAAAAUGGGUUCUCUAUUACAAAGCAUGACCUCCCCACAUCUGUGACUGUGCAUUUCUUCCUACCUCCUUGGGCACCCAAUCACCCUGCAGCCCAAAGAAGGCAAGAGAUCACACGAGAAUAAUGAAUUUCAGCAUGUAGUAAUGCUGAAAUGUAUAUGCACAGGCUGAAAGAAUUAAGUGACAAAUAAAAAAGGUGGCAUUUCUUAAAAGAAGACCAGGUGACUUUGGUCUACUUGCUGCCUUGGAGUGCAGAGGUAACUCUAAUGGUGCUGUUUGUUUCUUGCCAUGUGUAUUUCUCAAUUAUUUUGUAAGUAACCUUGAAAUCUCCCAUAAUUAUAAAAACAUCCCUUCUUGUCUCAUGCUGGUGCCAAUCUAAGAAAUGGCCUGGUACUCACUCUUUUACAUCUUUUAUUGCAAAGUCCAAUUGCAUUUGACUGUGAAUACCAGUGAGGAACCAAUAUAAUUACAUGGCAGCAAAAGCAUGUCAUAUUGCUAGAGAUCAUCUCUGACCAAUUUCUUUUAACUCAUCCCUGGCUCUCUGUACCUGCAUUGUCUCAAGCAAAAGUAUAAAAUCAGUCCCACUGCCAAAAUGUAAGAAAGAUGGUUUCCUUUAGCAGAUCAAGCCUUUUGGUGAGAACAUCAGCCAUCUCAUCCACAUCUGUGAACAUACCAGUCUCCUUGUUCCUGUCUCUGAAACUUCAUUUCCUGUUUUGAUCUAGCUGACAACAUGUUACCUGAUUUUUUUUUUAGAUUUUUAGAAGAAACUUUGAAUGUUGUACACUAUAGCUAACAUUUCCGAAACAAAUCAGGCAAAUCAUAAUUUCCAGAAAGAGCUGAUUGAGACUUUGGCAUAGGUAAAGAAUUCAGGAUUAGGUUUCACAAAGGAAGUUUCCAGCAGCUCUCAGAUGAUCCAGUGUCACUCUGGCUCCCAUUUAAAACAAUAUCAAUAGAAAUACAACAGAUCUGAAACCUCUGCCUUCGUAGCCCUCAAAAAAAUCUAUUUAAUCUAUAUCCUAGGAAUCCUUCCCCACAGAUACUCCAUCACCAAAGCAGUUCCUGUGGAACUCUAACAGUUUCCAGUUAUAAAAAUCCCCACACCUUCCAGUGCCUUUCAUUACUCUAUUAGCUAAACUAGCUGAGUAACCCAAUGCUUAAAAAUCACCAGAGCCUUCUCUCUGUAGUACUCUCCUCACAGGCCUGCAAAAAUCCAAAGAAUGAUAUUUGUGAUAUUUGCCUCAUUUUCUAGGCUUUGGUGGGAGUCAUUUGGUCCUUCUGGAGAAGCCCUAAAGCAGGUAUGAACUAAAAUUUUACAGAGGAAACAGUGUAUACCACCAAAUGUAACUGAGGUUGAUUUAAAGUAAAAAAAAAUAAAAAAAUUAUGGACUAUCUUGAUGCACUUAUGAAAGCAUUCAUUAGUACUAGAAGAGUAAAAAUCCCUUUACUGCUGAUACUGCAUUUUAAAUAUUAAUUCGCAAAUCAAAAUGAUAGCAAAAUGUGCAUACUUCAGGAUAGGGUGUUACUGGUUCUUAAAACCACCUUUCAGAAGAAAGCAUAGUUAUGUCUCAAUAUGUUUCCCAUCAGAAAGGCUUGCUUCAGAACUCAGAAAUGUUCUACAGACUUAUUUAGAUCUUUUAAAAACACAGCUUCUUGGCAUAUAUAAUUGCUUUGUUGCAAAAGCAGUUUUAUAAACAAUAGUCAAUUCCAUACUGACAGUUUGCUGCUCAUAUGCAGUUCUGGUUCCCUUUAGCAUACCAAGAUCAAAGCUGACAUGGCUGAUAUGAAAAAAAAGAUUUUUCUGAAAUCAAGGGAAGAGUUCUGUGAAACAGAGAAAAAUGCAAUGAGCACCAGCAGAGGGCAAGUAACAUUAUUUUUAUAAUUCACUUUUUAUAUUUUGUAUCAAGAUAUGCUGAUUUUCUGAUUCAAAUUGCAGGUCUGCUUAUGCAAUAUGAAUUUCUGUAGGUGCUUUUGAGGUGGUGAAAUUAAAACUUCCUACAAUGUGUCUAUUAUAUUGUAGGUACUGAUUUCAUUAGCUUUUGGUUCAAAAAGCCUCCUGUACAAAGUUUUGUUUCUGGUGUAAAUUACAUACUCAAGAGGCCUCUCCUUAGUACCUGCAAAACCAGAGAGAUUUCCUGAACACCUUUAUGAUGGUUAGCUUGCGGGGUUUUGCCCAUGCCACUGCAGGCCCCAGAAGUGAGCUGCUCUGCCAGGUAGGGACUGGGAGAACAGCAACCCAUGGCCUUGAAUUGGGCCAAAGGAGCAGCAUCUCCUGGGAACAACACUUACCAGUUAGUGUGGUGGCAUGUGCAAACUCCACAGCUAUUCCACAUGCUGCAGCGAGGUAAUUAGAAUGAGCUCACACAUGGAAGAAGGCAGGAAAAUACAGAUAUUGGCAAAUAGAGCAGAAAAGCAAGGACAAAAUUCAGUUCAUUGAUGCUAAUUGGGUCUCUUUAAACUCUCACACCUUUGGCCUAAUUCUUAGUCACAGGCACAAGUUUCUUUGUCAGUGGGGCUCCUCACACCACAAACUCUCCUCAAGAUGUGCUUCUGGUCACAAGUUUGUUUCAGGUGUUUUUGUCCUGUGUAGGUUUGUCCUAUUUACCCUGCUCAUGUCUACCUGCAUCCAGCAAAGUGUAGCUGAAGAUGACACCACUGUAAUGGGUCUUGUGAAAGGUCUGGCUUUUUUCAUUAAUCUGGUCUGGUACAGUCUCCACAAAGGCCUUAUCUGUCACAACAGGAGACCUUGGCUUGUUCCAGAAGUACCUAAUUCUCUGAGCAAAGAGAAAAAGAAAUAAAAUCUGACAGAUAGUACAAAGAGCAAGCUCUGUUCUCCAUUCUUUCUGGUCCUUUUCCUUGCCAUCUGCUGGAGGCCAUUAUGUGCCUUUCAUUUCUCUGUAGAUAUGUAAGGUCAGGAUGCACAUUUCAAAUACAAUGCCAUGUUUUAGCUGCUGCUUCUCAACUGCUUGUCAACUGGAGCUCCAGUCCCCUUCUAGCCACUCACACUGUGUUGUUAUGCCCCCUAUUAAAAACUUAAUUUUGAUGGUUAUAUUAAAAAUACUCUUUUUCAAUAAAGUCUAACACCUACUAAAAAAAAAAGCAUCUCAUUGCACGUUUAUUUCUGUCAACAGCAGUAUCAGAAACCUGUCUUCUUGUUAAAGCAAAAAACCAUUGAAAAAAGAUUUUUUCAGCCUUUUCUGUUCAGUGCUGCAGUAGAGGACAGACAAAUGUAGGAUGAUACUACAGACUGAACACCACUACAUACUCUUAAUUAGAAAUCCAUUAUUACAUAAGUUGCUAGAGAAUUUAAAAUGAAGCUAUGUAAACACUUUAAGUCAACUAUUAAGAAAAAGUCACAAAUAUUGAAAGUAGCAUCUGCAGCAGAUUCUUCAACAGAAGUUUCACUGGUUGUACAUAAAAAUGGAAGUUAUUAUUUGUGACCAUUUGUUAUUGAGAAAAUACUACUAAUUUUGUAUUUUUGAGUGGUUGAUGUUGAAAACUAAGAGGAAGCAAAAAAAAGUUCACUUCAGCAACACACUAAAAAUUAGUUUUAAAUAUCCAUCUUUCACUGAAGUACAGAAUUUCUAGGUAUUUUUUUUGUUUAGUUUUCACAGUACAUCUA